GCCCAGUUGCUCCUAGACACUUACAAACCAGGCCGAGCACCACCAAUAAACCUCUCACGACGUCCAAAAGCACGAGAUUGUGAUAAGACAGCCGCCUAACGCUCUCCACUCUUCGUAACCCUCUUCCGGCACCGCAACCGUAACCCCAAGUCGCCCAAGACAUAAUGCGCUUCGCCAUCUUCUCCUUCCUCGUUGCGCUCCUCGCUGCCUUCGUCAUGGCCAGCGCACCCCACCGCUCCGUCAUCAUCAGCUGGCCCAACGACACGCCCGAUGACAUUGUCGAGCAGAGCAAGGAGGCUAUCCGACAGGCCCAGGGCGUCAUUACCCACGAGUACAACAUCAUCAAGGGCUUCGCUGCCACAGCCCCCGCUGCCGCUCUCGACAUCGUGUCGACGUUGAGCGAUGUGUAUAAGUGCGAGAUUGAGGAGGAUGGCAUCGUUACCACGCAGAACAACAAGGAGUAGGCUGCAUGGGGAAGGAAGAGGGCAACAAACUGGAAGGAACGCCCCCCCUAAUUAAUUGUGCUUACGAUUAUACGACUGGAGUCUGGAGUCUACUCAAGGAUCGGACUGGGUGGAGUUGGAUGAGAAUGUCAAUUAGACAAUACAUUAUUAUUCUGAUUUAUGUAGAACGGUUUGAAACCCGUGCAUCCUCGACGUUGACUGUGGAUAACACCAACAUAUCCAAUAGCCCUACGUAUUACGAUUACAGAUAGUUGCUACGCCGGAGAGUGUUGUGAUCACCGUAGGGUAAGAUGGUGGAGCCCUGCAGCGGCUCUUCCCCCGCGGGUGGCCUGCCCGUGCACGUCGUCUCAGAACAG